AAUCAGUAAACUGCUACCUAGACAAGAUUUCUGGCUGUUACUGUGGCGAGCGUUGUUGCACGAACUGUGCGCUUCCGUGGGUAUUUUGAAACACAGCCAUCAGAAUCCGGAAAUUAACAAACUCGUGAUGUCAGGAGGAGUGGGAGAGAAAGGAGAAAUGUACGUGUAUUUCCUAGGAUUUCUGGACUGUAGAGAUAUGACAUCGUCAUAUGAUGGAGUUACAGCGUGAAAGGAGCACUGGACAUGUUUCAGGGAGACUGUGGAUGAUCGCUGGUCCAAACUGAAAGUGUUUUCACGCGCAUCGUGUGCUUCCUAUUCCAGAUCGACUUUUCAGCAAACAUGACGCGACUCUCGUUAGAACAAGUGACUGAUUUCGUUGAUUUCACGAAAGGAAAGGAUCUUAAAGAGUUUUUCAAACAGGGAUACUCAAGCAUCUCAUCUCAAAACUUCCUGUCUGAUGUUCGUCUGAGUCCAGAUGGACGUCACAUUCAUGUCAUUGUGCGUCAGCCCAAGAGUGGUCUUAUGACACACGACAAAUAUCAGCGACCUCAUCUCAUGCAAUGCCAGAAACACAAUGAUUUAGUGCUGUCUGGAAAUGGGCCUGUAGUGGAUGUUAUUUAUGUUCCUCAAAGCAAACCAGAAGAUGGAGCCUCUGUGCUUGGAGUUAUAUUUGAGAAUGGAAGAGUGGAAUUCUGGAAAUUCCUAGAGUGCAGAUCAGGCUGGAAUUUACUCCAGACUGCAGAUCUGUGUAACAGCCCUCGUGCUAAAGUCAGUUCUGUGUGCAUUUGCCAGAAUUUCAUUAUAUGGUGUGAGGAGCGACCACCAUCUGAGAACUCCAAUAGUGCAUGCAGCAACUUCAGGUUCUGCAUCUGCAAAAAGACUGUAGAAGUUAAUGAGGGAGGUGUCAAUUUAGGAAACAUGAAAAUUGCAUUGCACAAUAAUCCUCGAUACACAACUGUCAGUUCUGGGAAUUUUGUCUAUCUGCUCCCAGACAUGAGGGAAAACUCUUCCAUUGGAAUUUCAAAAGUGUUUCUUGCAUGGUCUCCUGAACAUGACACCUUUAGCGUGCAUAGUGCCUGUAGUUGCACACUUAUGAAAAGCUCAAGCAAGGAGUCUGACUUCAAGAGACUUGUUACAGACUGCAUUGGCCUUUUAUCUACCAUAAAUCCUCCUGAUAUCUGUGGAUUCUCUCCAACUGGAUGUGGAGACCUCCUUCUUCUUCUUAGCACUGGUUGGGUAUGCAUCAUGAAGAGGGAUGGCAGUCUUAGCCACAUAUACAAACUUCCUGAUAAUUGCUUAAGUGCUAGUGGGACCCAAAAUAGCCUGAAGAUAUAUAACGAAAUCCUGGCACUAACAAUAGGCCGGACCCUCUUCUUAAUCGACACCAAAUGUGGUCUGGAAUUAGAAAGAAUAAGUCUGAAAACAGAAGGUCUUCUCUUCAUAAACACCUUGGACAGUCACUCUCCACAAAUGUUGUCAGAAACCGGGCUGUUUGUGGUCACGCAAAAACCGAAGCCUUCUCCAACACUUUCUGAAGACUCGAAUGCACUUUUAGUUGAGACUGUCUUUGAGGAGGCAUGCAAAUACUAUCAGCAAAGAAGUUUAAGUAGCACGCAGCUCACGGUGGAGAAGCUCAAAAAAGGUGGGAUGUUUCAAGCGCCCAUAUCGCUAGCUGCCAUCCUUAAGGAUUACCUCAGCAACCAGAAGACCAAACCUGGCGAGAAACAUUCCACAGGUCAAGAAAGACUCAUGAGCUCACUCGAAUCAGAGCUUAGGAGUCUCGUUUCGUUGGAGGACGUCAAAACGUCAAUGGUGAAUGCUUCAGAGAAAGAUCUAGAGAACUAUUGUGAAAGCUUGGUGCAGCAGGAGAUCUGCCGGCUGCUUAGCGGUGAGAUAGAGAGGGAGAAUCUUCAGUAUCUAAACAGCAUCUUCAAUCUCUUUCCCACUUACUCCUGGCAUGCCAUGCAAGCGGUUCUGCAUCUGAGGUGCAACGGUGAGGGUUUGUUGUCGUCUAAAGCUCCUGCUGAGUUAUGGAAAAUCAUCCUCAGCCCUGUGCAACCCACAGCAAACUUUGCUCACUGCAACGGUCAGCAGAAACACACUACGGUGCCUGUUUUUGAGCUCUUGUGCCAAUCCAUCUUCAAAUUCCAGCCCAGCUGGCUCCCCAGGUUUCUCGAACUGGCACAACAACAAUCCGGUGGGUCCUCUAAGUCUUCGUGGGGUUACAGCAUGAAGGAGAGCUCUGAGAGCCUGCCGCUCUAUAAACGGGCUUUGACUGUGCUCCCUUGCAAAAGGACCUACCAACACCUGGAAGUGGAGCUGCUUUUGUGCAGCGAGCGGCCUAAAGCUAUAAUGCAAGCGUUGCGGAUUCUCAUCAAGCAAAGCCAGUGGGAACGGGUUGCGCAAGUAGCCGAAAGGUUCUGUCGACAGAGCCCGCUUCUGAACAAAGAGAUUUUCAUUGCUCUGCUGUGCGAAGUGUCCCAGCAUAGAGACUUGGACCCCUUUUUGGACCUGCUAUGGACUCUUUGUCCAGAGGACAUGACUGUGACAAGCAUACUUAAUAUUGUAUUGACAAACCUGCCUGAUUCAACGCAGAACUCUGGUCCUUUCGAGGCUCACGGCAGCCAGGUCACCAUCGGGCUUUUGAAACCACUGCUCAGAAAAGUUCUCCAAAGGGAGACCAAACCGAACCAAAGGUACGCAGAUAUCCUUCAGUCACCCACAGUUCCUCCACUCACUCCUCCACGUCAACCGAAGGGACUGUUCAGAGAUGCUGAGCAGCAGGAAACCAAGCAGAGGACUUCCUCUGGAUCUCAAGUGACAUCUCAAGCCAAGCUGCUCUGACUUUCCCAGUCUCAAAUCAUGUCUGACCCUUCCCAUAGACUGUUAUUAAAAUUGUCUUAGAGGUACAGGUAAACCCAAAAUGAAAUUCUAUCAUCAUCUGCUCAUGUUUAUGUAUCUCCAAACCUGCAUGACUUUCUUCUUUGGAGGACUUAA